CUCUGACGCAGAAGCGCUGGGGUGCUGCGUCGUUUCUGCCUAAGGGAAGGAAACUGAGACAAGCCUUCGUUCUGUCGAGUCUUCUCGCUGUCGAUACAAACUCUUAACCCAUUUCAACAUAAUUCGAUUCCUUCCGCCAAUCCCUUCCUCUAAUUUAUCUGUUGUUCUACUCAGUGCCUUUAAAUCUGCAGUCUCUUUCUCUCUCUUUCCGUCAAUCAUGGCGCAGGAAGAGAAGAAAUCUGACAUUCAGAAAAUUGGGGACGAAAGCGAACAGAUUGAUGAGGCCAUAGAGCUCGUUCUCUUUCAAGUGUCUGAAUGUUACGUCUAUAUAAUUCCCCCCAGGAAGAGCGCAGCUUCUUACAGGGCUGAUGAAUGGGAUGUGAACAAAUGGGCAUGGGAAGGGACAUUGAAAGUCCUUAGCAAGGGAGAACUAUGCAUUAUAAAACUUGAAGAUAAGAAAACAGGUGAACUAUAUGCUCGGGCAUUUUUAAGAAAUGGAGAGCCGCAUCCUGUGGAGCCUGUUAUUGACAGCAGUAGAUAUUUUGUUCUUCGCAUAGAAGAGAACAUAGGUGGCCGUCUUCGGCAUGCCUUCAUUGGUAUAGGAUUCCGAGAAAGAACAGAGGCUUAUGACUUUCAAGCUGCCUUGCAUGACCAUAUGAAAUAUCUAAACAAAAAGAAAGAAGCAGAAGAGAUGGAACAACAUUUCCAGCAAAUUUCCUCAAUUGAUUACAGUUUAAAAGAAGGAGAGACUCUCAAACUGCAAAUUAAGACUAAUAAAAGUGGCCACAAUGUAAAAUCCAAGUUGCCUGAGCAGGGUCAGAACAGCACCUCAGAAGAAAAGUGUAAUACAAAAGAAUCUAAACUGAGCAUCAAGUUACCGCCCCCACCUCCCCCAGCAUCUCCUACUUCCCUGCAGAAGUCUCCGACAAAUUUCAGUGCCGAGAAAAGUCCUAGAGACGAGACGCCUAAAAUAGACAAAGAAGAACAAGAACACCCGAAGUUUCCAGAAAAUCAGAGCACGCAGGAUACACCAGAUGAUGAUUUUGGCGAUUUUCAAACAGCUGGUUAACCUUGUUUACCACUCUAACAUGUCUGUGUCCCAGCACUUUGACCUUUAUCUUGUACGUUGUGAGUGUUUGAUGAUUACAAGGAAUGUGUAAAAUUGAGGUAUUGUUUUUCGGUACAUAACUCCAAAUAUGAUUGAGCUCAGAUAUUGAAGGCGCGUAUCUUUUUGUCUUA